CUGAAGAGUGGAAGACUGCAAAAAAUUUUAGACGAUCUAAUUAUUCUAAUUGUAAGUUCUCCAGAUCUUAUAUCUGUGCUUCUCGGAUCUCAAGUUUUUUUCUUUGUAAUAUCAAGAUAACAAAAAAUGCUGGGAUUACGUAUAUUUUCUCGGCGGGUUAGCUUGCCUUUAUGUCUUGCACCUAAAAAAUGUAUCUAUACGACACGACGUACUCAGGUGACUGAUUCUCCUGUAACUGCAUCCUCGUUUUUUGGGAAGUUGUUUCGCCAAGCAUCCAAAGCGCCCGGCCAGAUCGACUGGGAGUUCCUGACGGAACAGGCGGACGAGCAUGUUAAGGUGAAAGAGUUUGAGCUCGAGCUCGAGCUCGAGCGUGAGAAAAAGCAAUGGGAAAUCAGCGAACUAAAGUUCAAAUAUCAGGUAGAGCGCAUGGACUCAGAGUUGCGGAGACUAAAUUCGGAGUGCAUGAUGCUGAGAAAUUGCUUAACGCUGCGUGGCGCUGUUGAACUCUUGGAGAACAAGUGGAGGCUCGCGGCCGAAACUGCGGCUUCUGACUUGAAAGGAAAAAGCAAAAAACCGGAGGAUAACCGCUCUACGCUAAUCGGUUCACAGAAAGGACGUUAUAAAGCGAACAUUAUCGAAAAGCUCAAGAAUACCCUGCAGAACAUAGAAACUAAUCUUCUUCCCCUUGAUUUUGACACGUUAAGUCCACAUGAUCAGAAAGCCGCGCUCGAUAACCUUGCCAUCGGACUGUUCGAGGAAUUCGAAAAGAUAGUUUCAGAAAUGUAUUUGGGAUUAAGUCUUGCGGUUCACAGCCCGUGGAUACUCGCACAGUCUAUAGCAUCGGACGUUUUAAUUGAUGCGGACCGCUUAAAACCGCAAGAAGUUGUUGUGGCAUGCGUUAUUUGUGACUUGAUUCCAGUCAGAUAUAAAGUUAUUCAAUCGUCGCGAUUGCUUGUAGCAGAACAUCAGAAAUAAAGCUGUACAGAAGUUGCAAAA